AUGGCAUCUUCCUCCGUCCCUGCGUACGAGCCGCCCCUCCAACCUAUCGCAUCGCCUUCGUUCGCUGUUGAUCUCAAUGGGAGUGUAGGCAACGAGGUCGGAGAAGGGGAAUAUCCGCGGACCUCUUUACAGUGUCUUGUACCGGCUGGGGUUGGAGAUGGAUUCUUGGAUGAUCCAGAGGAUGAUGAUGUCGAGCCGGAUAUGAUUGUUGAUGACAGUGGCGAUGAUGCUGGAGCAAGUGAGCCUGCUGGGGCGGGCGGUGGUUCUAGCUUUGGCACGCAGCAGUACCCUCCACAUUUUUUCUCUUUGGACUUGGAUGCCAUGAGGCAGGAGGGGGUACCUGGGCAGCCGGCUGGAUUUGGUGCUAGAGAUGUUGAAGGGUCUGCAGGUCUGACAGAGUUUCAGGUUGGUCAGCAAUUUCUGGAUAAAGAAGAGGCCCUCUUAAGUGUCAAGACUUACAGCAUCCGUCGAGGGGUACAGUACAAGGUCGUGGAGUCUGACUAUCGCCGGUAUGUGGGCAAGUGUUCUGAGUUCGGCAAUGGGUGCACAUGGUUGAUUCGGCUUAGUCUCCGACAGCGAAAGGGAGUUUGGGAGGUCAAACGUUACAACGGACCGCAUACUUGUCUCGCCACCUCGAUUUCCAGCGACCACAGGAAAUUGGAUUACCAUGUGAUAUCGGCAUUCAUUAUGCCAAUGGUUAGGGCUGACGCAUCUGUCAGCAUCAAGGUGCUCCUAAAUGCCACCGCAACACACUUCGGGUUUAGGCCGACUUACAGGAGGGUCUGGUUGGCGAAGCAGAAGGCUGUUGCCCUCAUCUAUGGUGACUGGGAUGAGUUGUACAAUGAGCUCCCAAGGUGGGUGUUAGGAGUCCAAUUGACGAUGGCUGGUACUGUUGCAGUCCUAAAGACGAGCCCUGUUCGUGUCGGUGGACAGUUGGACGAGUCUCGAGCCUAUUUUCACAGACUAUUCUGGACGUUUCCACCGUGCAUCGAGGCAUUCCGUCAUUGCAAGCCCCUAAUUAGUAUUGACAGCACCCAUCUGUAUGGCAAGUAUGGGAGAACGUUGUUUGUCGCGAUUGCACAGUACGGGAACUCCAACAUACUCCCUGUUGCAUUCGCAUUAGUCGAGGGUGAGAACACUGAGUCGUGGUCCUUCUUUCUCUCCCACCUGCGUCAGCAUGUGACACCGCAGCCGGGUCUGCUGGUUAUCUCGGACAGGCAUAACGGCAUCAAGGCCGCGCUUGAGGCUCCUGACGGAGGCUGGUUACCUCCGUCUGCAUACCGGGCAUUCUGCAUUCAACAUGUUGCGGCAAAUUUCACCCUCACCUUCAAGGGCAAAGACGCAAGGAGGCUACUUGUGAAUGUGGCGUACGCUAAGACCGAGGUCGAGUUCUAUUACUGGUUUGAUAUUCUUAGGUCCAAAGACCCGGCGAUGUGUGACUGGGUGAACCGGAUUGAGUAUUCGUUGUGGACACAGCAUUGUGAUGAGGGGCGUAGAUUCGGACACAUGACGACGAAUAUAUCUGAGUGUGUGAACUCGAUCCUCAAGGGUGUACGAAACCUACCUGUGUGCUCGCUAGUGAAGGCAACAUACGGAAGGUUGGCAGAAUUAUUUGUUCGCAAAGGGAGAGAGGCUGAGGCGCAGAUGAAAACCGGACAACAAUUUAGUCAGCACUUGGUGAAGUGUAUAGAGGCCAACUUGAAGACGGCUAGGUGCUUCACCGUUACUGUGUACGACAGAGAUAACUCCGAGUUCACCGUCGUAGAGACAACUCCGACUGGUUCUUUCUCACUAGGUAGCUACAGAGUCUCGCUUGCAUAUCAGACAUGUGACUGUGAAUACUUCCAGGCUCUUCAUUUCCCGUGUCCCCACGCACUGACAUGCUGUGCCUACUCACGGCUUACAUGGGAGCCUUACGUCCACUACGUGUAUCGUCUUAGUUCGGUCUUCAGUGUGUAUCGGAUGGGUUUCACACCUCCCAUUCCGGAGGGUUUCUGGCCACCAUAUGACGGGCCGACUGUCAUCCCUGACCCCAAUAAGAGGCGUGCGAGAGAGGGUCGGCCGAGGUCCACUAGGAUACAGACCAAUAUGGACUAG